UUGUUAUUGUGUCAAGUUGUUUGUUUUGAUUUAUUUCCACUGCAGCUCGGUUUCUGUUCGACUCAAUGGUUUCGGAUCAUUGAAAACCAAAACAUGAACCUGAGGAUAGUUGGUGGUUCAUUGGCUCGGCAGGUUCGAAGGUACAGCUACAAACCGGUCCGGCGGGUGCCGCUGCCUCCGGCCAGCAAUGCAACGCCGGAUGCCAAGAAAGCCGAUGGCUUUUCGCUGGGGAAAGAACUCCGCGCGCGUAUUGUUGCCAGUGGACCGAUUCCGAUUGCGACGUACAUGAAGCAGGUGUUAACCAAUCCGGCGGCAGGGUAUUAUAUGACCGCAAACCACAAUGUGUUCGGCAGCCGGGGUGACUUCAUUACGUCACCGGAGAUUGGACAAAUUUUUGGCGAGGUUUUAGCGGUGUGGAGUCUGAACGAGUGGCACAAGUUUGGUAGGCCGGUGCCUUUUCAGUUGAUCGAAUUAGGCCCCGGCAAGGGUACAAUGAUGAAUGAUAUCCUGAGGGUGUAUGGAAAGUUCAAGGUUACGGCUGGAUUGUCUGUGCAUCUAGUGGAGAUGAGCGAACAUUUGAGUAAGGUGCAGGCGGCUUUGCUGUGCCGUAGCAGCACCGAAUACGGAGAUAAACCUUUCUAUCGGUCCGGAGUAACGGCGGAUGGGUUGAAAGUGUACUGGUACCGUAGAUUGGAAGACGUUCCCCAGGUGUUCUCCAUCAUAUUCGCACAUGAAUUUUUCGACGCUUUACCAAUUCAUAAAUUUGUGAAAGAGGGCGAUUCAUGGAAGGAAGUUUUGAUAGAUGUUGACCAACAAAACAGUGAGAAGUUCCGAUUCGUGGCUUCCAAAGCCGACACUCCGAUGCUGCGAUUGUUUCUGAACAGCUACUGCUCGGAAUCGAUGGCCGACCGAAAUCACGUGGAAAUAUCAUUCGAGUCGGAAAGUGUGAUCCAGGAGAUCGGCAAUCGGCUCAGUUCGAACGGUGGGCUGGCGUUGAUAGUGGACUACGGGCAUCUAGGCGACAAAGGAGAUACCUUUCGGGCGUUUCGGAAUCAUAAACUUUACAACCCGCUGGAGGAACCGGGCUGCGCCGAUCUGACAGCGGAUGUGGAUUUCUCACUACUCAAGCAGUUUUGCGAUCGAACGGGAAAGAUCUUCACUAUCGGGCCAACCAGUCAGCGGGCCUUUCUGGAACUGGCAGGAGCGAAAGAACGACUGGAAGUGCUACUGGCUGGAGCCAGUAGUGAGGAGGAACGACACCGACUAACCGACGGGUUCCGGAUGCUCACGGAUGAAGAUCAGAUGGGCAGUAGGUUUAAAUUCUUCGCUUUACUACCAAAGGAACUGAAAGAAAUUUAUAAUUAAUAAAAAACUCAAAAAAAAAAAAA